UGACUGCAAAGGAGGAAGAGAACAACCUGGGCCAGGCUCUUUCUGGUGGGGAUGAAAUCUCCCAAGGACUGAGGGAAGUAAUGUUUGGGAGGAAAAGAAUAUAUCCCUGGGAGAGAAGCUCAGAGUUUGGGCUGCUUGUAGCCCUAGUCCCAGCUGAGCUUGUUCCCUUCUCCCUUUUUCACACUCUGUGAACACCAGUUAGAACGUAGCUGGAAGGGGAAGGGCUCCCCUAGACUACGCAGUAACACAUGCAGAGGUGCUCUGCAGAACGCCCCGGUGAAGCUUGAGCCAACAAGAAGAUAUCACAAGCCCUCUGCACACAUGGCAGGAUGGAGGGAAAGGCACAGGACAUGCAGAAUAAGGAUGCAAAGUCUGUUCUGGAAGAAAUACUCAUUUCCCUUCAGAAUGAAGAGAAUUCCUGAGUAAGCUAUUAAGGAGUAAGCUAUUAAGAACCUGGGUUGCAUAAAACACAGGCUCAGAAAUGAUAUAAUAAAAUAACAGAAUAAAAAAAAUAAAAUGACAGAAUGAAGUGAAAAGGGAAGAAUACAGAGCCAAGGAGUCAUGUGGAGAACCAAUUUGCAGAACAAAUAAAUUAGAAGUAGCUAGGAACAGAAUAGUCACAGCUGGAAAAUGAACUUACUGACAGCACAAGCUUGAGAUAGUCACAGUGAGUGGAGAAGAAAAGGAAAAAAGAUUGAAACAGGUAAAAAUGAUAAGUGUAGGGUUGGACUUCCUGGAGGUGGAGCUGAGCUAGGAGUAUGGGCUUUCCGUUUUUUUGUUCAAGUUCCUCUUGGCAUUAUGGGUUUGGUUGCAGAGAAUUGACUACUUUAGAUAUCACUCAUUUGGAAAUAUGUAAGCACUGAAAAAUUGGUGAAAAUAAAUGUUCAUGUUCUUCCUAGAAGAAUACCAAUGAGAUGAAAGUUAUAUUUAUAGCCUGAGAGACCAGGAAAAUUCCCCUUUGAAGCAAUUUGUUUCCUGGCAUUGAUACUGAAACUCCCCUCCCCUACCAUGUGAUGAUUUCCUGUGCUCUGCUGGAAUUGGUCUUUUGCUAAAUGUAAAUACUGACCUGCUGAUCUGAGAGCAAAGCACUUUACUGCUUUUGCUACCACCAGAAACCACUGUGUAGGACAGGUUUUAGGGAGAAAAAGUUUUUUUUGUGUGUAUGUGUCAGAUAUCUGUGGUUAAUCAUUUACCUUUCCUGCAUUAAAAAAGAAAUCUCUUCAGUAAGUCUGGGUGAUGGGUUAGCAUGAAAGAAAAGCAAACAAUCUACUAACAUUUACUGUCAUUGACUAGAGAAGUGAACUUUCAUUCUUUGCCUGCCAGCAAGUAUCGCUUUAGAAUCUUUACAUUGCACAUUGCUGCGGGGAGUAGACCAUAGAGCAGAAAUCGGUUGCUGGAAUGGACUUGUCAUGAAUUAUUCAUUCACUAUCUAGUUCCUUGGAAAUCAGCUGGAGGAAGUAGCUUGUCCAAUUUGAUCACAGGAGUGGUAUGCCCAGGGCUCCAGCAAGCCCUCACACGUCCAGCUGCGAUGAUGUGUGCUUCUGCCGGCUGCUGUAGGGCGGCAGCUAAUGUGCAGACGAGCCCAGGAACGUGCUGCUGGGGGAGCUGCACUGAGGACUCCCUGAUGCAGCUUGCUGGAAAAUGAAGCUUCAGAAUGAGAAGACUUUGGGACAUUCCAUGAGUCAUUCAAGUAACAUUUCUAAGGCUGGGGGUUCUUCGUUGGCGUCGGCUCCGGUAUCCGCCUUCCCUCGCUCUUCUGUCACGCCGUCCAAUCAGGACAUCUGCAGUUCCAGUGCAGUGUGUUCUGAGUGUUGUCACCAAAGUCCCGUGCAGUCUGCUGUUGUCUUGAAAGCUCCUCCAUGCCAGAGUUCUCUGACACAAGGGCUCACUGUGACAGUUCUCUGUAAAGACACGUUGUCCAAGAGAAAUUCCUGUGGUUCAGAACGGGCCCAGGUCUUGAAGCCUGCUGACAAUCCCAAAGCCAGAAGAACACUAAAGUUCUCAAAAUCCCUAAACGAUGUGGGUGAGAAGGCCCAGGAUACCGUGGAAAGUUUUGACUACGUGGAAAGAACGUGCUCCGAAGGGAAAUUGAUACUCCCUCAAGAUCCGGGUCUGAGAGUUAGCAGGUUCCAUCAGAAGGAAACAAGAGCACUGCAUCGCAAGCCUCUUGGCAGUUCCAAACAUUCUUGUGUUUCAUCCCUUUCUGCCAACCGUUCAACUGCCUCAGAGGUGGAAGCUGGCAAGGGGGGCAUGCACGUCCCCCUUCUGGAAGAGAAAGCGGAUGGCGAAGCCGUGUCCAGGAGUCGGCGACUGCUCCGGUACCUGUUCUCGCUCUCACACGGCUCGAGCGCCAGCAGCCUGCACAGGUUCCAUGAGCUGGAGAGCUGUGCCACCCACCUGCACACCGCCAAGUCCUCCAGCGGGCUGGCAGGGAGCACGGGCUUCUGCUCCGAGGAAAUGGGAGACGACGAUGUCUUUGAGGACAGCACAUCUGCAAAAUGGAAGAGCAAGGUCCUGCGGGCGCCCCUCUGCUCAGUGGAGAAGGACAGUGACCUGGAUUGUCCUUCUCCCCCCUCUGAAAAAUGCCCCCCCAUCUCUCCUGUGUCCACGUCAGGGGAUGCCUGCAGGAUCUGCCACUGCGAAGGGGAUGACGAGAGCCCUCUGAUCACCCCCUGCCGCUGCACGGGGAGCCUGCACUUCGUGCACCAGACUUGCCUGCAGCAGUGGAUCAAGAGCUCCGACACGCGCUGCUGUGAGCUCUGCAAGUACGAGUUCAUCAUGGAGGUCAAGCUGAAGCCUUUGAGGAAAUGGGAGAAGUUGCAGAUGACGGCCAGUGAGCGCAGGAAGAUCAUGUGCUCAGUGACAUUCCAUGUCAUCGCCAUCACCUGUGUGGUCUGGUCCUUGUAUGUGCUCAUUGACCGUACCACGGAGGAGAUCAAACACGGACAGGCAACAGGAAUCCUAGAGUGGCCGUUUUGGACUAAACUGGUGGUUGUGGCCAUCGGCUUUACCGGCGGACUCCUUUUUAUGUACGUUCAGUGCAAAGUGUACGUACAAUUAUGGAAGAGACUCAAAGCUUAUAACAGAGUAAUCUAUGUUCAGAACUGUCCAGAAACAAGCAAAAAGAAUAUUUUUGAAAAAUCUGCACUAACAGAACCCAACUUUGAAAAUAAAGAUGGACAUGGAAUCUGUCAUUCCGACACAAACUCCUCUUGUUGGACAGAACCUGAAGACACUGGAACAGAAAUCGUUCAUGUCUGAUUUUGUGGAGGGGGUAGUUUCCCUGGACAUCGAAGAACAGCUGAAGGAAAUUGUUUACUGCCAAUUGUGCACCUUUUCUUAUGUCCUUUAACAGCAUAGACCGGGCAGGUGACUGUUUUAAUGGCUUCUCUUUUUCUAAACCCUCCUUAGUGAAUUUCCCGGAAAGCCCUCCCUUUGGCCUUGCACAGCCGGGUUCCACUUCUGCUAGCAUUUCCACGGGAAGGGAGGUCCCCAUGACGCUAUAUAAUGGGGGAGCUGGCUGAGUUCUGGCCCAUGACACCUUGAGCAGAAUGAGAGAAUAAAAUGGCAAAUCUGCCGGAGCAGGGUGGCACCCUGGCCUCGAUGCCCGGCCUCUCCCGGUUGGCAGCAGCCCCCAGCCUGGAGCGGAGCGUUUGGGAAUAUCUAGCCCUGAUGAGAGGAUUUCCCUCCUCACUGAGAAGAGCCCGGGGAGCUGAGCCCCCUCUGCCGAUGCUGCCGCUGACUGGUUUCCUGAGCAGACAGAGCUGUGGUGCUCUGUGUGUGGUGGCGAGUGAUUCACUAAGCAAACAGCACUUUACAAAAAGAGAAUCUUUAUUUUGUAUUAUGUGUGUCCAGUGGGAUUGACAUUUAAAAGAACGUCUCUCGUUUAGAAGCCUUCUUUUCAUUAUCUCUUUUACAUUAUAAUAGAUCGAAAACCCUUUUUGCCUUAUAUAUUCUAAGAAACCCAGCAUCUCUCUGUGUCCCUAAAAGGGACUGGUGGCUCUAAAGCAGGACAAACAGAUCUGAGGCUUUUUCUUAACAGUUCAUGGGAAUUGAUGCCAGACGGCAAUUUGAGCCUAAUUCCUGUGGUUUCAAGCCUAUUUUAUGACAUGUCUUUAUGUCAUGGGUCUACCCCAAACAUUUCUUUUUGGUCAACACUGAAAAUGAAGGUUUUGUGAGAUCUAAACAAAAGGAAGGAAGUGAGUAAUUAGAACAAAAAUGAGUAUUUAAAAAUGACUCCUUUCCGGUCAAACGUCUCCACUUUGUGCCGGCUUCACUGAAAGCUACGCAUGCGCUGCCCUGGUAUGGGGCGUGGACACUGGGGGUGCUCCUGGGCGCCUGCCACCUCGUACGGCCUCUGCUCCUGGGGAGGUUCUGUGGAUCACUGGCCCAGUAAGAGAGACAGACGGGCUGGCCCUGGGACAGAAGCCAGGAGUGAGCAGCAAACUGCCAUGGCCCAUGGUCACUGCCCCCAGCCACACCUCUACCCAUUUAUCGCCUUAACUGGACUGGACAGAGAGGAUCCUUGCGAUCAGUUCGUUCUGUCAUCAGGGAUUAUCUCCUGUACCAUUUUCAAAAGACAAAACCAAAAUCACUACCAUCAAAUGGCCUUUGUCCCUUUAAAAAGUCUGCUUAAAAUUCUGUUUUUAAAAAUAAGUUUCACUUCACCAGGCAAAUAGGAGUCAGCUCCAGGGAAAAGCAGCCAAGAGGGUGUGUGCUGCAACAGAAGCGCACCCAGGUGCUUACUCUCUGGGCGACUCUGCAUCUGUAGCCUCCUCUAAGGGGAGGAUGCUUGGGGGUCCUGCCGUCAGUCCCCUGAGCCUUAGGUGCCUCACCUGUCCUGUUAAGAGGAUGAAGCAAACACAAGAUGAUCCCUUUGCCUUUCAGAGUAGAAGUGCUCUGGUUUGUUUCGAAAGCCCGGAGGAGGCCGAUGUGUCUAAGCUCUGGCGGAGGGCACGUGGUAGCAGGCUCUGUCCUGCUGCCGUUUCCCAUCCAGUGUCUGAUUCGUCGGCAUCACAGACCCUGGUCUAAGGAGCUACCCCCCUGUGGCCUUCCUCUGGCUGGGAAGGCACUGUCCAGCCAUGGCCAGCCCCUGAAAAUAGGUCAGCCUGCUCUCUCUCUCCAUCUCCCAGGCCGCGUCCAGUCUGUGCCUGUGUUCACUGUGCCCCCAAAGUGCAAUUACACACACCCCUUCUCAGCCUGGGGACACCAGGCAGCUACACACUGUCUCUACUCAGGGGAGCUGAGCCCUGGGCCAGCCCUGCCUGUGCCCCUUAGGAGCUGCCCAGGCAAGGCCCCUUGUCCCUGCCCUCUUAUAGCAGAUGAGUAGUCAUGUGAAGACUGGGAUCAAUUUUUAAGUGGGAUUCCUUCCCCAUUCUCUGAUGGAACCCCUUACGCUGAACUUGAAAGUCACUGAGACUUCCUGCAGAGAGGGUGCUUAGGUAGGGACAGCCUCUGGGCAGCCCACCUGUCAUGGCUGGCAACCCCUGUGGCAAAGGUGCCUUUAUAACCAUGACUGCUGUGUUGCUCCCAGGCCCGACCAUAUUCUUAUGUGAAACCCUUACUUCUUUCAGGAAGGCCUAACACCAUCUCAUCACCUCCACCGAGCUCCUAAAAAAAAAAAAAACAAAAAAAACCUUCUGCCUGGGGACGGUCCAUCCCACAUCCUUCUUUCUUUUCCUGGGAUGGCACACAGAUGCCCCCUUACUUUUCUCUUUUCUUGUAGGUUCUAGUUGAGCAUGUCUGAUUCCAUUCUUAGUCCCAGCUCUAAUCUCUACCCCCCCAGAGAAGACCCAGGAAGCCAGAAGCUCUGGAAAGGUGGUUCUGUGCUGCCAUCUAGUGGGGGCAGCGGCUCUGCCAGGUGUUCCUUUAGUCCUUAGUAGCUUGCCUUCUAGGUUUUUUUUUUGGGGGGGGGUGGUUAGUUAUUCCCGUUUCCCCUCAUUCUGUACAUGGCUUUGGUGGAGGACAAUACUUGGCUGAACCAGAAAUGUGGGAUGAGCUGGUGGGUGUCAGGGUCCGGAGGACUGGUUCUUGGGGGCCAGGCCAGGGGGAGAGGGAAGUGGCCGCAGGGGAGUUGCCAGCCAGCCCUCUCUGAUUUGGCCUCUGUUCCCUCAAAAGUUAGUUUGGGUCGAGUGCUUCUGACUUUGACUGCCAGCAGGAAUUUGGUUUUUGUGCCUGAGUUGAUUUUAAGAAAUUCUGGGAACUAUCGAAGGUCUCACCCUGCUCUGGGCCUCCUUUUCUGCCUCAUUCCACUCUUUUCAGUCUGAUGGGUCUAGUUUUCAGCCUUGCUGGCAUGCCCUACCUGGUUCCAGACACUCAGGCGUCAGGCAGUGGGCCAGUUCCAGAGCCUCAGGUAGUGCCUGCGUGGUUGGGGCUGCUUCUGCUGCCUGGUGGGUUGGCUGCAGGGCUGGAGGAGGCCUGUGAACCGUGGGGCCAAGGGCCGUGAUGUUGCACAUUUGGACUGAUGCAAAGAUGUUUUCUGAAUACUUUCCCUUUUGAAUCUGAUUUGAAAUAUGCGGCUUCCCUCUCCAGCCAAGGAAAGAUGGAAACAUAGGGAAAUAAAAGCAUUUAUCUUUGUUUUGGAUGUAAUUAAGUUGUGCAGCUAUUCACCUAUUUAGAUGCGAUGUUUAUAGAAGCUGAUUGUUAAUAAAAACCAAAUUUACACUGGCA